AUGCUUAAGUUGUAUCUUAACUACAUCUCCCAACCUUCAAAAGCAGUUGCUGUGCUUUGAAAAAUGGGAGGAAUUCAGGUUGAAGAAAUCAAGGUGGUUCUCAAGAACCAUCAACACCGUAAGAGUGACUUCAUGAAAGUCAAUCCUCUGGGGACAGUUCCAAUCUUGAUUGAUGGAGAUGAUAAGAUUGUUGAAUCUAAUGCUAUCUUGAAAUAUCUAUGUCGCAAGUAUGAUCUUUCAAAGGAUCUAUAUCCAAGAGGGGAUCCAUUAUCUCUUGCCAAGGUUGAUGCUACACUUGACUUGAAUUCCCACACUGUGAGACCAACAAUAAUGCCAUAUGUCCAACAAAGUGUCUUUAGAAUCGUCCUAGGAAUGGGCCCUUGUGAAGAAAAGAGGAUGAAAUUCAUCACAAAAGGAGCUCAUAGUACUCUGAAGAGGUUAGACUGGAUUCUCUCAGAGCCAGAGAUUCCGUUUUUCACCUUAAAUACCAAGACUAUUGCAGACCUGCAGAUCUUUGAGGAGCUACACUUCAUGCAUGAGCUCUCUGAUAUCAAGAUGCAUCAAUACAAACAUUUGGGUGCCUGGUACGACAAGAUGUUCAAGAAGGAGGAGAUCCAGCACUAUCACAAAUUGAUGGAGGAACAAGUCAACGAAGACUUCGGUACUGACUUCAAGUUCACUGCAACCUAA